UCAAGCGUCCAUCUUUUUGGUACAAAGUUGGAUACUUGACUAAAAAAAAUCCUACUAUUCGUUUGGAACUGUUCUGAUUUUAAGCCUCCGACAAUUGAAGUAUGCGAAGAUAGUAAAAAUAUAAUACCCUACCUUCAUAUAUAUAACUGAUAUUUCUAAAAAUGAAAUGAGGCCUUGGUGAACAACAACCAGCAAGAUUACUAUUGGCGCCGCCUUCGUCGACUGUUUUGUAAACCGCCUGAAGGUCCUUCAGUAACAUUUACCAUACACACCGUGCUCUGUUUCGUGGCAAUAUACAAAGUCUGAGCAGAGCCUCUUGACACGCUCCUCUGGAUCUCUUUUUACUAAACAUACUAUUUUCAGACUUCGUUAUCAUGGGGAAUGCUUGCCAGCCUGAGGAUAGACGACGCAGUGUAGCUUUACCAGAAGGGAGUUUAACGGGGUUGAGCGCGACCGCUGCGUUAGCCAAACGUCGUGGCGUCAAAGAGCCCAAUUUUACAGUAAGUCCAGAUUUGAAGGCUGAAGUUAAGAGACUUUCUCAGUAUAAGUACCCAUUCAAGAAUUUAGUAUUCAGUGGAGGAGGGAAUCGAUUGUUCGCUUACACCGGGACACUUGAGGUAUUGCAUGAAGUUGGAAUAUUGGAACAAUGUACGAGGUACGCUGGCACAAGUCUAGGCGCCCUUACAGCCUGUUUUGCCGCCCUGGGCAUACCACCAAGACAUAUUAUUGUGGAGGUUGAAAAGGUUCGAAAGGACGUACAAAAUAUGCUUCUAGAUGCCCGGUUUGGAUUGCUGAGUCUGCUGCCGAAUCUGAAGAAGUCGUUCGGUUGGCAUCCUGCGAGAGCUUACCGCGAGUGGCUGGAAGUAAACUUGGCAGAUUACGCGGGCGACAGGGACAUCACAUUCCGAGAGUUUUAUGAACGGACGGGGAAAGAAUUAUGUACCGUAGCUACCAACCUAAACCAAAUGUCGGCCGAAUAUUGCCACGUAAAGACAACACCUGAAAUGCCAGUUAUAUUAGCCUUGAGAAUGUCAAUGUCACUUCCAGUUUUGCUUGGAGCUGUGAGGUACAAGCUUCGUGAUACGGAAGAUGUGUUCGUUGAUGGCGGACUGCUGUGUAAUUACCCAAUCCAUGUCUAUGAUGGCUGGUGGCUGUCUAUGGAUCCUGCAGAUAACUACUUCAAACGAUUAAGGCCAGUUUCAGAAGUGCGCCACCUAUUUGAGACCAACAAUCGUUUCAAACCUAGAAACGACGAGACGCUUGGUGUCUGUUUGUACACUGCCGACGAAUCAAGCCUCAUGCAGCUUUACUUCAAACAACGAUAUAAUGGAAAUAUGGCCAAGAUACCGGAUACUAAGUUAGCAAAAAAACGAAAAAAGGGGCUCCAAGCGGCAAUAGACGAGAAUAAUGUCAGCUUGAAACUCAUCUCAACUUUCAGUCGGUUUUUUGAUCUCCUCGAAGGACAUGACGUCGACCAGAGCGGAACAUUGGACUUCAAAGAAUUUAAAAACAUGAUUAAAGACAACAAAGACAAGUUCACGCAAGCGGAUUUCGAAACCUUGUUUGGCGAAGGAAGUGACGUCAACACAGUAUUCGAGUCUUUGGACGAGGACGGCAAUGGCACUGUCGAUACUUUGGAGCUGCUUCGAUAUGCCGAAUCCAAGGGACUUCAUCUCACAGCACGUUUCCUUGGUUACGAAAGACAGGAAAUUCGCUCCUUCAAGGAUUAUGUUGUUUCGCUCCAAAACAGUGUCUUCAACCACGCUAUGAGGGAGUUUGUUUGUGAAGACGACUAUGACCGAACGAUCGGCGUAGAUUCGCAUUACAUACGAGGAACUGAUUUCUCGAUCGAGACACCUGACCGAGAUUUCUUAUUUGAACAAGGGUACAGAGCCACAAUUGCCUAUCUCUCUGAAUAUGUCCGAAAAAACAAUCCACCAAAGAGGCCAGAAUUUAGAGACGAGGUCUUCGAAAGCGAUACAGAAGACGCCCCUAACGACAAACGUACUAGCCGACUAAAAUCGGACUUGAGUGUGCAGAUAAAUCUGGGUGCGAUUAUCAUCGAAGAGGAAGAAUCAACUCAGUUUUAAGAAAAGAACAAAACCAGAAGUGAAAAAACCUCCUUGAUUUGUAGCUAAAAUUUGACUGCAGCAUUGUAUAACAUGACGAGGACACCUACUGCGCAUGACAUGGUUUACAUCACCAGUUUCGAGGAAGGGAACUCUUUUCAGAGUUGGGCUGAUAAUUUCGGAUGCUUACUGGUCUGUAACCAACUUUCUUUUAUGCAUAGAACUUAUAAAGUGACAACUCGAAAUCGAAAGUAGAGGGCGUCCAUAACGACAAAUGUACUAGCUAGCCGACUAAAAUCGGACUUGAGUCCGACGAUAAACGAAACGUUAACGACUUAAACUAAACAAAAUGAAAGUGUAUAAUAUACAAACACGAAUAUUUAUAAAUAGUUGUUGUUACCAUCAUCUCAUAAAUAUGAAAUCAAAUUUUAUAGAUAGUAUCGAAUGACUAUUAAUAUUUGUUAUGAUAUUGCUGUGAUAUUUUAAGUAAUAAUGUUAUUGUUGUUAAGUAUUAUUAUUUUAUUGGGUUAUAUUCAAUGAUACAAAUAGAACAUUUUACUUUCACGAAGUGUAGUUAAUUCACUAUUAGCAUUCUAAAAUACUAGUUGUAGUACUUUUAUACUCUUCGAUCGUGACAGGUGUUGACGUCACUUUAUUAAUACUGAAGGUGACUUAUUCAUCAGUUACCAUCCCUUCCUUCUUCACUUAACACUACCACAUACCAUAUAAGAUGCUGUAGUCAUAAAUAUGAUAUUAUGUGUGUUACAUGUCAGAAAAUAAACCAACAACAAUUCAAAGGUCUACUGGGUCCAAAGAUAUUUUCAAUGAUUGUUAUUAUCAUUGUGUUAUUGUAUAAUAAAUUAUUUUAUAUUUUUUUUAAUUACGCGUAAAAACUAUAACAUAAUCAUAAAUUUGCUAUUGUUUAUCCAAAAAAUGUAAUAUUUCUCAUUAUUUAUCUUGUAUCCAUUUCUCUUUAUUCGUGCAUCCAUUCCCCUACUGAAGUAAUUAUUCCCACUAUUUGAUGAAGUAUCCAUCCCCUCCACUUAAAUACCUAUUCCCUUUACUUACCUAUUCCUUCUAUGGAAGCAUCUUUAUCCAUUCCAUUUAGAGAAGUAUCCACUCCAUUUACUGUCGUAUAAAUUGCAUCCUGUUGCCGUACCGUAUAACCAAUCCUUCUGUUGCUGUCUAUUUUUCCCUUUAUUGACGUAGUAAAUAUUAUUGAAAUCUUCAUUCCAUUACCAUAUGCAUUCCAUACGUAUAACCACUCCCCCUAAAGUCUCGUAAAGUUGAAUUUUUCAGAAAUUAUCCAUUCUCUCUAUUGUUUUAAAUAUCUAUUUCUAUAUCUAUAUCUAAUAUAAAAUUCGUAUUUUCCGUAGAAAACUAAUUAACAAGCUUGCAGAUGUACUAGUCAAACCACACACGACCUAUAGGACAAUUAACGACGUGUAAUUGACGAUUUAAACAAAUACGACUAAUCCUUAUUGGGGCACGGGUGUUGUGUUAUUGAAAAGAAGAUGAUUAAUUAUGCAAUUAUGUCAGUCAGCAUUAGUUCUACCAAUCUCAUUUUCCUUCUAACUUCUUUCUUAAGCAUCACUUGAUGCGGUUUUCAAAAUCCAGUUCUUAGCUCAUUAAACUCUACUUUCCGUGGUCGAUCGAAAGAUUUUUUUAAAGAAGUGUUUUCCAUAGGCCUACCAAACUUCGAAACGUAAUGAGUGUGUAUUUAUAAACUAUUUUUAUACUUUUUGUACGAGUUUAAUACAUUAUAAAAUAGGCAUUGAAUUUAGGCUAAGUGGCAGUAACAUAGUAUUUGCAAACUAUUUUUCUGUAAAUAAAAACAAAAUGAAGAAUCAAUGAGAUAAGGAUGUGUGCUGGCUUUUGUAUAUAGGCGGCCUUCCGAGUUUUGAUUAACGAAUGACAUAAUGAGAUCCAACACAUUUUUGUAAUAAAACGGUUUAUCGCAUUUUACAA